CGGUAGCGGCGGACCGCGCAUGCGCAGUGCGGGUCACAUAGAGACAGAGGAAAUAUCAACAGCAUGUUCAUGGUUACUGUAUCCAUUUUUUUUAGCCGCACUGCGCAUGUGCAGUGUGAAUAAUGUGGAAAAUGAGCUGUAGUCUUUUUUCUUUUAGGGUUUCUGGCUGAUUGAUGGUGUAUGUAUGUGAGUGUGUGAGUGAGAGUGUGAGUGUAUGUGUGAGUGUGUGAAUGCGCGCGCACGCGUGUGUGUGUGUGUGUGUGUGAGAGAGAGAGAGAGAGAGAGAGAGAGAGAGAAGUGGCUGGUAUUACAGGCAAGGAUCGACUUGAUUAUUCCGUCCUCCGCAUUUUGGACUUUUUUUUUUUUUAAUCAAAAUAAUGUCCGCAAAUAAAGUGAAGAAAGUGAAAAUGGCUACCAAAUCAUGUCCAGAAUGUGACCAACAGAUCCCUGUGGCCUGUAAGUCGUGCCCUUGCGGUUACGUCUUCAUCAGUCGAAAGCUGCUCAGAGAGCCGCCUGCUAUAGACAAAUCGGACGCCAAGAGAAGACGACCAGAAAGAAUAAGAAGGGAGAAGAUCAACUUGACCUCCACCAAUGAUAUGGAGAACAGGAGGCGGUCCCGCUCCAACAGCCAAUCGGAUACCAUCCGGAGAGGGCGGGGCAGGCCGAAGACCGUCGGCUUGAAGAAGCAGGAGGAGGAGAAAGAAAAACAGGAGCGGGAGGUCGAUAUUUACGCCAACCUGUCGGACGAGAAGGCUUUCGUUUUCUCCGUGGCCUUAGCCGAGAUCAACCGUAAGAUCCUGGGCCAGAGACUGAUCCUGUAAGGGGGCGGAGCCGCACAUGAUUGCCAGGUGAAAGGUCAGGACUCGUGUUGCACGGCCCCCCGGGUGACGUGUGUAUCCGGGAGGAAGGCGUGAAGUCGGGACUGAUGAACGUUUGGCUCAGGUGGCUGACGGUUUGUGGAGUCACACGUGGACGAGGGAACGGUCACCGCGGCGAUUAUUUAAAUAUUGUAAACAUGGACAUGUAGGAAUCUUCUCUAUUUAUCUUUAAACAGAUUUUAUGGAAUGUAUUAAUUCAGGAGGACUGUUGUGGGUAUUUUUUAUUUUUUUUUCCCCUUUUAUCCAAGCGAUUUGUCAACAUGAUGCACACCUUCUCAUUCACAUCACACUAUUCUUUUGUUAUUUUUUAAAAAAAAGAUCAACCGGGUUUUUUUGAACCAGCUAAACUUUAAAGCUGCUCGUACUUCCGCUAGAUGUUGCGGAACAGUUAAGGGAAGCUUAUCGCUACCAGUUUAGCAUCAUGCACACGACAUAACAUAAGCAUGACAGAAUACGUCCAUAUUAAAUAUAUAAUAACAGACGUGAAGUAUUAUUCUCAGCCGUAAAUCUUUAGGCCACGCCCCUUGCUUGAGUCUGAUGGAACGAAGUCAUUCGGGUUUGAAACCGAAAUGUGAGUGUUUUUAGCUCCGCAACAGUGUGGCGUGCAGCGUGAGAAACCACAUCGGCAAGUCUGAUGAUUUAGACAUGUAGUUGCACAAUGCUAAACUGGAGGCCGUCAAUUUUUUCUGACACGUCACCUACAUUAGCCAGUGCAAAAUUACAGAUGCAGAGUUCACACACCAAACAUGUCUCAGCUGCUUGUUUUUUUAUUUGCUGAACUUUCACUUUAACUUUGAAAUGUGAAAUAUUGAGCUUGCUAUACAGGCCCUGUUUACAUCUUGCAUUAACGAGCAUUUCUGCUAAUCCGGUUAUGAUUGCGCGGCAUGUCCCACUGGAGACAAGUGUGAACUUGACUGGAGAGCCUCCAGAGGUCUGGCUCGAGCUGUGCUUGUAGUACGUGUUUUCAUUUUAUUCCAUAAAACCAGAAUACAGAACCUGAUGGGAACCAUGGACAACUUUUGUAUGCUAAAUAACAUAUUUAUAUAUUGUGGAAGAGAAAUGGGGUAUAACACAGAAUGAGAUUGGAUUUGGCCGAUAGUGUGUGGCUGUAGUACCAGAGAGUGGCUACUAAAGAAGGAACCCCAGACUGGACAGCGGAGGCCCUUGCUUGGGCAGAAGCGCCCCAGACUGGACAUAGGAAGCCCGUGCUUGGGUUGAGGGAGCCCCAGACCUAGUAGAGGGAGCCAUAGACUGGACAGAAGAAGCCCCACACUGGACCGGGGAGCCACUGCUUGGGCAGAAGAAGCCCCAGACUGGACGGAGGAUGCCCCUGCUUGGGCAGAAGAAGCCCCAGACUGGACAGAGGAUGCCCCUGCUUGGGCAGAAGAAGGCCCAGACUGGACAGAGGGUGCCCCUGCUUGGGCAGAAGAAGCCCCAGACUGUACAGAUGAUGCCCCUGCUUGGGCAGAAGAAGGCCCAGACUGGACGGAGGAUGCCCCUGCUUGGGCAGAGGAACACCCAGACUGGACAGAGGAUACCCCUGCUUGGGCAGAGAGACCCCAGACCUGGCAGAAGGGGAGCCUGUGCUUGGGAGAGGAAACCCCAGGCUUAAUGGAAUAAGCCCCUGCUUGGGCAGAGGGAGCCCCACACUGGACGGAGGGAACCCCUGCUUGCGAAGAGUCCCAGUUUCCUGCUUUCUUUCACACUUGUGUGACUUUCUCCGUGGGGCUGCAUCCGAGCGUCGUUCAGUCGUUUAUUAUGAACGUUAAUUUAAGGCGUAAACAGGGCCGUAAAGUACUGAGCGCACAAGUUAAGUAUUCUUUAUCCAGGUCACUGAUCCUAAACCUUUCCAAAGAGUGCUCCGUUUUAUCAGAUGAUUGAUGCUGUGUGUCUCACACCGACCUUGUAGUAAGCUGAUCGACUUCUUUUUUUUUUUCUACUUCUUCUCUUUUUUUUUUAAAUUAAUUUUAACGUUCCGGUGAGCCAUUUUUCAUUUGUAAAUGCAUUUGAUUAACAAGGGGACUCCAAGGCUGAUGCUGGGGAACUUACUUUAUUUAUUGUUGCUUUUCCACUCUUAUUUAAGUGCAUCGUCUAUUUUAUGGCCUUUUUAUUAACGUUUAUUUCACAAAUGGUUAAAGCGUACGUAAGUGUAAUAAUCACCACGACUAUAUUAAACAUCAGAGGGAAAACAUUCUUUGCAAGUCUCGCUGCUGUUUUUUCAAGGGGAAGUUAAUCAUAACCAUUCAUGUCUCUCUCUCUCUCUCUCUC